AUCUUAGAAACCUUAUCUCAUUUCUGACUGUUACAACGGGACUGGUAGGUCGGGAUGCGACAGCUUUUAGCAGAAUGAACUUGAAACUAACCACACCUUAUUGGCCCAGUUCCUGGCAGGCUGGCACCAUAUGAAGGGUGUAGAUGCUCGAUAUAUCCUUGAAAAAUUAACCAAGUAAUUUGGUUAAUUAUGCACUAAUCCAUGGUGUUUUUCUUAUUUGACAUGGAUCGAAGCUCUACAACAAAACGAUUCAAGAUGAACACAGACAUUCCGAAUUCUGACAAGGUUCCAAUCAAAAUCAAACCGGUCGAAAACUGUGUUGCCAAGUUCAGUGAAUUGCAUGUGAGUGGUGACUAAACAUCCAAACAGAAGUGUCUGCAGUACUCGUUGAGUCAAAUCACUUAACUUGCAAAUCUAAUCCUAUCCGACCCGAUCCCACCAGUGUUAGAGACCAUGUUCUCCGGUAUCUUCCUUUGUUCCGUGCGUCCUGACAGUGCAAGGAAGAAGAAGAGCAGCCAGCUGGAAGCAGAGGACAUCAGCAACAACAACCUUAACUUCUUAUACUCCUUUCCAUUAGACAGAGACCCAGUCGUUAAUGUGAAGCCAGCGAGGUUGACCGCUUCACGAUCUGGACAUAACCAUAACCCCAGGGGGGGUAGGAACUGUGAGGUAAAGCCAAAGAAGAAGGGAGAAAUGGCAAGCAAAGUCUCAUCCAAUUUCUCCGAUCUAAUCCAACGAGUAGCAGCUUCCUGUUUGCUCCAUCCACUAGCCGCUGGUCGUCAGGAAUCUGGAAAUAAUGUUGCCGGAAAUGGUGAAGAAGUGUGUGAAUAUGAAACGGAUGAAUGCGAGGAGUUGUCCGAAGAGGAGGAGGAAAUGAGAGAGAAGGGAGGUAGAGUUAAUGGUAAUUGGGAUUUUAAUGUUAAGAGCGGAAUGGUGGUGCCAAUGGAGAGAGUGAUGGAGAUGGAGAUGCUGAUGAAUGAGGUGUUUGAUUCGGUAUCGGUGAUGAAGAGGGCUUAUGGGAGUUUACAAGAGGCGCAUAGCCCGUGGGACCCGGAGAGGUUAAGGGUGGCUGAUGUGGUGGUGGUAGGGGAGUUGAGGAGGUUGACUUUUUUGAGAGAGAGAUUCAGGAGGCGUGUUAGUGUUGGUAGUGAUGGAGGGAGGAGGAGAGGUGUUGGUGUUGGUGGUGAUGGAGUGGGGAUGUUGAGGGAGAUUGUGGCGCCUUAUGAGGCUGCGGUGGAAGAUCUGAAGAAGGAAGUGAAGGCGAGGGAGGUGGAGGUGGAGAAUUUAAAGGAGAAGCUGAGGAGUGUUACUAGCUUGAGCAGUGAUGGGAGUGGAAAGAAGGGGAGGUCCCAGUCAAGGAGGAAAGUUAGCUGCUCUCUUGGUGUUCAAGUUGCAGCAGCCCCAGCCCCAGAGCUAUUUGAAUUAACGAUGAGCCAAGUGAAAAGGACAUCAAAGUCCUUCACGUCACUUCUCCUGACCUUCAUGCGUGCUGCCCACUGGGACAUUGCUGCAGCCGUUCGUUCUAUUGAAGCUGCCACCACAACCACUGACAAUUUGACUACCAGUACCACUGCUAUCACCUCCACCAUUGCAAGCCAUCAUGCCAAGUAUGCUCUGGAGUCCUACAUUUCUCGCAAGGUCUUCCAAGGCUUUGACCAUGAAACCUUCUACAUGGAUGGAAGCCUCUCCUCGCUUCUCAACCCAGACCAGUUCCGCCGUGACUGCUUUGCUCAGUAUCGUGAUAUGAAGGCCAUGGACCCCAUUGAACUUCUUGGAAUCUUGCCAACAUGUCAUUUUGGAAAAUUCUGCUCCAAGAAGUACCUGGAAAUUGUUCAUCCGAAAAUGGAGGAGUCCUUGUUCGGAAACUUGGAGCAGCGCCAGCAAGUACUCACUGGCAGCCAUCCAAGGAGUGAGUUUUAUCGAGAGUUCUUGGGGUUGGCCAAGGCCAUUUGGUUGCUUCACUUGCUGGCCUUCUCACUCGACCCUGCACCAAGUCAAUUCGAGGCAAGUAGGGGAGCUGAGUUUCAUCCACAAUAUAUGGAGAGUGUUGUGAAAUUUUCUAAUGGUCGGAUUCCAGCUGGUCAUGUUGUGGGAUUCCCUGUUAGCCCCGGAUUCAAGCUUGGAAACAGAUUGGUUAUCAAGGCUAGUGUUUACCUAUUUCCCAGAGCAUGAGUUCCAUCUUCCUGAUAUAUGCAAGUCUAGGAUGUUACGUAGUUCCCAGGUAGCUUGUUGCCCCUUGGCAUUCAAAGGAAAUUUGCGAGAGGUUCUAGGACAUUACUAGUCUGUUAAUGUCAUUAGGAGUUAACAGUUCACUGAUGUUGUAUGUACUGUGAAAAUGUGCCUUUGGUAAUCUUAUGGAGAUUCCAACUUCGGCCUAUAGAUAGUAGUUGGUCUGAUUUAGAUCU